AUGAACGACGCACAACAGAGAUACCUUGAGGAGACGCCUGCAAAGAAAUACUCCAUCAUUGAUUGGGCUCUGCUGUCUGACUCGGUCGAUGUUGACAUGCUCGAAUUGACUUGGACAAGAACCUUCCUUAAGCAUCUCAAGAACUCACCGCAGCAAGACAAACUGGAGGCCUACAGACGACUGUCAAAGAUGAGUGUUGAAGAUAAGAUGGCUUCGUUUUCACCGAUGACCACAGAUGUAAGUAUCUCGAGUUUCAACGGUUCAUCGUUCUAA